AUGGAAGAAGAUUACACGAUGCUUUACAGGCCGGUAGCAGCUGCUGAAAAUUCAAAAUUUUGCCAAAAGAUUGACUUAGACCCACUCAAGAAGCCGAAGCUCCCACACACUGUUGAAGAGCUUACUGUUGAAGACCCUUCAGUACAAAAUGAAGAGCUUAUUGUUGAAGACCCAAAGAAUCCUGAUUCACAACAAGUAAAGCGAAGAAGAAGGGAUCCGCGACCUGGAGUAUUUAUUGAACAAAGUAAAGAUCAACCUGUGAUUGCUGAUGAAGAUGAAGAUGGUUUGUAUGAGUUUGAUUUUGAGACUGCUAAGGAGACGACUGAAACUCCAUUUGAUUUUGAGACGACUGCCACUACCACUGCUACAGAAACAGGAUUUGAUUUUGAAGCUAAUGAAACAAGAAUGGAUGUGGAUACAAAUCCUAUAGAGAUUCCUGUUACUGCUACUGUUUCUGCUCCAUCUGUAACACCAGUCACCGAGUCAACACCUUUAGUUAGUUCUACAAUUGGAAGUUCUUCUGGAGCUACACAUGAUGAACCAUGCAGUUCUAAAGGGAAACAACCCGAAGAAGCAUUGAGAAUGCCGAUUGUUGACGAUUCAAGUGUUGAUGAUGAAUUUAUCAAUGUUAGAGAACUGAAAAGGAGAAUUGUUAUACUUGAACAAGAUUCGAUCCACAAAGAUGCAAAGAUUAUUCAGCUUGAAGACACGAUUGUACAAAAGAAUCAACAAAUUGAUCAGCUGCAAGGUGAUGUUGGUUUGUUAUUCAACAUGGUGUAUGAUCUCCGUGGAAAACUAGAAAAGAAGUUUGGUGAUGAGUUUAUUGAUCCUACUGACACGGAGAGAAGAGGAAAAGCUAAAGAGGAUCGAGCAAGGGCUUUGCGAAGGAUGACGCUUAUAGAGCUGCAGCUAUGGAUCAUUACUUUACAAUAG